AUGGCUCAAAUUCUUUUCCUUGUUACCCUAUUUGUAACUUUAGCUCCAAUUUAUGAAGCUAAAUCAUUUAAAGCACUAGUUGCUCCUAUACGCCAACUCAAUCCUUCCACUUUUGUGUACACUAUCACUCUAAACCAAAAGGAGAAACUUGUGAUAGAUCUCGAGUCACCAUACUCAUGGCACCAUUGUUCGAAAUCAUCCCCUCAUGUUUCUUGCAAUGUUAAGCAAUGUUAUAUUGCACGCAAGAACCAACCUCCUUGCCUUUUGCAAUCGCCUAAAACUUCUUGCAUUACUUCGCCAUCAAACCUAAUUAGUAAUUCAUCUGCGUCAUCAUACCUAUCUUACACUAAUGUUUCAAUAGCUUACACUGAUGGCCAUGUUCCCUUUGCAAAAGCAAACUACAAGCUCUUCUUGUCGUGUGCCCCUAAGUCUCUUCUUAAUUCUCGUCCUAUAGGCUCAUCCGGAUUUGCUAGUUUUUCCAGUAGUUCACUUUCUCUUGUAAAACAAUUUUCUAAUUCAAAAGUGCCCAAAAAGUUUGCGAUGUGUCUUGGGGAGCAAGGGGUAGCCUUCUUUGGGGAAGGUCCCUUCUAUUUGUUACCUCCUCCCGGAAGGGACAUCACUCGGUUAUUGAGUUCUACUCCACUUAUAACCCAUCCAAGCGAUAGUUUGGGUUACUAUAUCGGGCUAAAGGGCAUCUCAAUAAAUGGAGAAGCAAUCAAAUCGCUCAGAAGCAUGCUUCCCUUCGUCAAACUAGUGAAACUUAGCACCAUCACACCUUACACUACACUUAGGAGUGACUUGUAUAGGGCGGUCAUUCGACAAUUUUCCAAGGCUACUCGAGGGAUUCCUCGAGUUCCAAACGUUGCGCCUUUUGGUCUAUGCUUGAAUACAAGCAACUUGGGAUCAACUCGAGUUGGGUUGCCUGUCCCACAAAUUGAUUUGCAACUAAUCGAAGGAGGUAAUUGGACGAUUUUUGGAGCGAAUUCGAUGCUACAAGUAUCAAACGAUGCGCAUUGCCUAGCAUUUGUGAAUGGCGGGAAGAGAGCUGAACAAGCAGUUGUAAUAGGAACAUAUCAAAUGCAACACAAUUUCUUAUUGUUUGAUUUGGUUAGGUUCGAGCUAGGAUUUAGUUCCUUGUUGUUUUUCUUCCAAACUACAUGUAAUAACUUUAACUUCACUUCUGGAGUAUAAGUUUUGUACUCUUCCGAUUAAACUUUCACGUCUAGGUAGGAUUUAGGGGUUGGAUGUACGAAAUAUUACUACCCUUUAUAAUAAGAAAGAGGUUGUUUGAAUAUUUCCGAUUGAUUCUUUAGUGCAAACCUAAGUAUGAGUCACUUUACUGUAGUCUCGUAUAAUCCAAAAUCAAAAACUAUAAAUUUUUGGUUUCAUCAAGAAUGAACAUAAUACAUCCUCCGUUGCUUAA